AUGCCCAAAGGGAAAAGGAAAGCCCUGAGCAGUCUGUGGAAAAACGGCAAGAAGAAGGACGAUAAGAAAGGGAAAGAAAAGCCGGUCGAGAAUCCAGAAAAAGAUAAGUUGACAACGACAAAUGAGGAACCAUUUACAGGAAGGAUGGAGGUGGAAGAUUACGAUACAGCUUCGGUAAGUCUCAAGGCUGUGCAAUCGUCUAGUGUCUUGAUGGUUGAUAUGGUUCAGGGGCCGACGGAAGAACUCUAUGAGGAUGGAGAUUCCCAAUACGGCAGUAUCAAUGAUCGCGGAGACGAUAGCCAGGAAAUGGUGCUAGAGACUUUUGAACUUUGGCGCACGGAUAGGGAAAGUCCCUGGGAUGUAUGGAUUCCAGAUGAUGUUGACAGAGACCCAGAGGAGGGUCCAGAGUCCCGGAAGUACGUCUUGAUAGUCCGCCGUGAGAAGGACCGCAAGAAACACAGUCUCAGUCUCCAUUCCAUCACGGUCCAGAGUCCUCUAAUUAGGAAGGUUCUUGACCACACCUUCGAUGGAUACGAAGGUAUGAGUACCAAGCUCAAGGAGCUGACAUUCUACGCACCUUUUCACGAAUUCUACAACAGAUGGCACCUGUUCCAGAAGCUUUAUUUGGAGGAGCGAGACAUAGAAACUCGAGAGCACCUCGGCUUACUGGUGCCAAUCAUACGCAGAGAAGUCUUACCGCAUAUCGAAGCAAUGAAAUAUCAUACCCAGCACGGAGUAAUCCCUUUUACAUACCUUUGGGCGAUAUUUCCACCGGGCCUGGAUAUCUAUUCCAAGGCUGAUAGCCAGGACAGAAUUUACAGAGUCAAAAAGAGUCAAUAUUCCGCCGGAUAUGACGGCAGACCGUACUUCCUUAUUCGCUGCAGAUACAUCGACGGCGACGGUGACUGCUUUGGUUAUGUCACAACAUCUAUUAGCAUGAAUGAGUUCGAUGGUGUAAAGAAAAUCACGGAUUUGAACGCAGUCCCGAGUCACCUUCAUCCAGGAGCGAGGGACGUAGUAAAGAGGUUGCACUCUCGAGGCAAGAAGUUUGAGAAACUCAACGGCUAUCAUAUGCUGUCGUACUCUGGCUUUUACAACGCCAUAGCUGACGGACGCUCUGAGAAACGUCACACUGAGGGCAGUCGUAUAAUCGUAGACCCGAAAGUCUUCGCCAUCUACAAUAGCCAUUCCAGCCAACCACUAGACACACUUGAGACCAGACCCCCUCCAGAAGAAGGAGAAGCGAGUUUGCACUUCGGAAUUGCGAGUGUGGUCCACAAAGCAGCGAUGCAAGCAUUCAAAGAAUUUGACAAAUUGAUGAAGCGCAACGACGAGAAUUUCUCUGAUAGCUCCGAGUUUUACGUGGAUAACAUAAGUCCUAUAGAAUGGAGCAAGGAUGCCUUCCAGAGACUAGUUCUUCCCGGUGGCUACAAGGAGAUUAUUCAUGCAUUUGUCACGGAGCAGCUGUCCUCAAAUGACACAUUCGAUGACAUAGUUCAGGGGAAAGGCCAAGGUUUCAUUAUGUUACUCAGUGGAGAGCCAGGAGUUGGCAAGACACUAACGGUGGAAUCCGUUGCCGAUGAAAUGCGCAAGCCUCUGUACUCUAUGAGCGCAGGUGAGCUUGGCGAAGGCGCAGGUGAAGUUGAGCGGUCGUUGGAAACCGUUCUUGAGCUUACGAACAGAUGGGGGGCAAUUCUUCUUCUCGAUGAGUGUGACAUCUUCCUCGAGAAGCGUACAACGGCAGAUAUUCAGCGCAAUAGACUAGUUUCGCUUUUUCUCAAGCAGUUAGAGUACUACCGCGGUGUGAUGUUUCUCACCACCAACCGCGUCUCAACGAUCGACUCUGCCUUCGAGUCUCGAAUUCAUCUUGCAAUCAACUACCCCAACCUAGACUUCCAAAGCAGGCUUCAGAUAUGGCAGACAUUCAUUAGGCCUUGCCACGAUACGUCCCAGUACUCCAGCAAGAUGAAUGAUAAAGACCUAGAGCGCCUAGCCAAAAAUGAAAUGAACGGGCGACAAAUCAAGAAUGUUGUCAAAACAGCGCGGUUGCUGGCCAAGCAGAAGAAUAUUCCAUUGGCGGUGGAACAUAUUGAGAUGGUGCUGAAAGUGAAGUCGAACAAUCAUAUGUAG